GUUUUUAGCAUCAGGUUACUAGUGAGAUAUGUUGUUUGCACAAAUUGUUUGCAGCAGAGCACGGUAAUUUAUGUGAGUAAAAUAAACAUUAUUUUUUACAUCAACUCAUAAGUUAUGUGAAACUUCCCCAGGAGCAUUGUUAAAAUACUUUGGAGGCACAGAAUCAGCCCAGAGCCAGUCCACAUCCUCAGGCUCAACUGUGAGUGAUGAAUCAGUGCUCUCUCACACACCUCCAUCCUCUGUGCCCACUGUCCCCUCCAUGUCUGAAACCACAGCUGAUUUAUCUACAACUUCCACCACAACGUCCCCUUCACACCAUGGACCAUCAUCAGCUCCGCCAGUUGACCCAGCUGAGUGGCCUUCUUUCCUCUCAGAUUCAGACAGGACUGAGCAGGCCCGUCUGGACUCUUUGUGACGUCACAUUGUUCCACGCACGCCAUCUGCUUGUCGUAUUAGCGGCGGCUUUAACACUUCCACACUCCUCCUGCCUCCUUUCGCCCACUACGCCCCGAGUUCGCGGUCCUACUUUUUUGUUGGGAGCUCGAGCGGCGGGGAGAAGUCAUCCAAGAUGCUCUCCCUCGACACCCCGACGCUCCUUCCUCCUGUGCGGCCGCGUUCUGGGUCAUGUUUGAAACAUUGGUGCUGUUAAGGAGAGCGGAAGAUGAAAACGCCGCCGACUGAGGAGCUGAAACCGCCGAUUUACAACCCUCCUGAUAGCCAACAAUGCGUUGCCAUGGCGACCCCACCGAAGAGACAGAUCGGACUCCAGCAGGAUGUCAACAUCUGGCAUCGGGCUCCUCACCCGGCCGGCCCGUCAGCAGCACCAGCAGCGUCUCUUAGUCAUGAACUUGCAUCUGUUGGCCAACCCUGGAGACUCUCGGCUGCUGCAGCACAGUCUGGACCGUCUCCUCCGCUGGCUGUGCCCGAGUCUUCACAUCUUCCACGUGUCCGAGAGGGCCUCGCCUCAUAGAGGCUGUGCUCACAUCUGUCCUGCAGCUGGCUCGCCGUCUGUGGCCAUUACCUUCUUCCUCCAUGAGGCGUACGGAGAGGAGCGCAUCCUCAAAGUCCUGGACUUCUUCCAGCGGCCGCCCUGGCAGUAUCAUCACGCUGAGAGCGGCAGGACAGACGGCUCGCCCGUCCAGGCCCCGCUGCGGCCCUACCUGCUGCCCGGCCGGGACUUCUACAGCCUGGGCGCGGGGAUGCCCGUGUGGGGGGUCCGGCCCGUGCACUGCGGCGGGGAGGUCCUUCGCGUGACGCUGUACAGCGGCUACGACAACUACGAGGACGCCGUGCGCUUCUACGAGACGGUGCUGCAGCAACGGGCCGAGGAGCAGAAGACGGGCUUCUGCUGGUUCACCCUUCACGCUGAGCCGGGACUCUGCCUGCAGCUGGCACUGAAACAACUGUCAGCGGGCGUGCGAGUGGAGGCGUGUAACUCCGCUGUGCUGCAGUUCGGCGUCGAGGAAAUGGGUCAACUGGUCCCUCUGCUGCCCAACCCUUGUACGCCAAUCAGCAGCUCUCGCUGGCAGACGGAAGACUUGGACGGAAACAAGGUCCUCUUCCAGGUGAAAACCCCAGUUCAGCCUAGGCGACCUUUGACCUGCGCUUUCCCGCUGAGCUGCCCCAGCGUGUCUCCGCGAGCUGUGCAGCUGAAGACCGCGGGACUCAUCAACCCGAGUCUGUCGCCGAGCAACUUCAUUGCCCCCCCAGCCUGGCAGAACCAUAGGCAUGGGCUCCGAGCUGCCAGUGAAUCUGCUGUAGAGAAAGUUCACGGCGCCGAGAGCCAAGGAUCAGGAAGUUGCUGCAGCACACCUCCUGGCAGCUCCUGCUACUCCUCGCAGCGCAGCAGCCCCGCCCCCCCGCCCGCCUCACACCCGCCCGACUCCCCUCUGCGGCCGUGCCUCACCCGCUCGCUCUCCCACCUGCUGCUGGAGGAGGACGAGGAGGAGGGGGAAACCAACGUGGACACAGGCGUGGCUGUCAUACCUCGCUCUUCUUCCGUGGAGCUUUUGAACGCCGCUGGGCUCGGAGGAUCCGCCGGGAAGUGGCGUGGAGGCGCACCGGGCUCCUGCUACGCACACGCAGACAGGACCCGCCCGCCGCCGUCUCACAGGAACAUGGCGGAGCAGGUGGAGUUCUUUAUCUGAGACGACCAGUGAGCAGAAGACGUAAGUAUUCACUCCCUUCGCACUUUUUUUACCGCCUUGCAGUUUUAUCCAAACAUAUUGGACUUAAGUUAAAGUACCAAUGAUUGUCACAUGGUGACAUUUGUCCUCUGCAUUUCACCCAUCCCCUUGUUCACCCCCUGGGAGGUGAGGGGAGCAGUGAGCAGCAGCGGUGGCCACUCCCGGGAAUAAUUUUUGGUGAUUUAACCCCCAAUUCCAACCCUUGAUGCUGAGUGCCAAGCAGGGAGGUAAUGGGUCCCAUUUUUAUAGUCUUUGGUAUGACUCGGCCGGGGUUUGAACUCACGACCUACCGAUCUCAGGGCGGACACUCUAACCAUUAGGCCACUGAGCAGGUCAACAUGAUGUCAUCCUGCUAACUUCUUCCCUCCAAGACAUUUGUUCCAGGACUUACUUCUUUCUCAAUUCAACUCUUCUUUUUGGGCUUCAAACCCCGUCGUAAGUGGCUGAUAAGGUUUGAUGUGUUGGAGCUUGAUGGGUUUUUUUUGUCCCCGUUUGCUUAACUCCAAGUGAAAUGGCUGGCAAAAUAUUUAGGGGUGCAACAACAAAAAAAUCGAUUCACAUCCGAAUCACGAUUUUUAUUUAUGCCAUUUCUAAACAGAUUCAUCAUUUAAAAAAAUCAAUCCAUCCAUUUUCUACCGCUUGUCGCAUUUGGGGUCGAAAUCAAUUGAACAUUUUUUUUUGAAGAAUCUAAUUCUAAAAAAAGUCUGUUUUAGGCCAAGUCCAUGCAACCAGAUGGAUCUUUUCACACCUGUUUUGAACUAGUUUCAUUAUAAUUAUUGUACUAAAUAAUACAUUGCCAGAAGGGUGUUGAUCCCAGGAACGGUGUAGUGCCCAAUAAGAUGAAACUGUGACAAAGUCCCACGCGUUUGACGCCAUGUUUGUUUACAUUGAGCGCAGGGGAAGUUUACAGAACCCUCCCCCACCCAUGCUUAUUGUAGUGGGUUUUUCCCCCCCAAAUCAAAGCUUUUUAUUUUAUUUGAUCAGAUUCAAUAUGAAAUGAAGUGCAUCCGUAAAGGCCACACUUUUUU